GUUACCAUUAUCCGUUACCGGCCCGAUGGCGUCGAGGACCAGAGUUAAGGGCCGACCCCGGGCCCGUCCGGAGUCGGGCGGGGGCCGCAUCCAGCAGCUGUGGACGUUCGCCACCCUUUCGGUGGCGCAGGGCCCGCGGGGGUCGGGGGCGGCCCGGAGCCCGGGGACCCCGGAGGUCGGCCGGGGGUUGGGGGUCCCGGCCUGGGCGCCGUCGGAGGGCAGCGCGUCCAGUGACCCCAGCGGCUCUUGGGGCACCCUGGGCCCCAGGGCCUCCAUCAGCGAUCUCCUCCACAGCCCGCCGCAACACCCCGACCACUCCCAGCAAUCCCAGGAGGCAGAGCUGUCCUCCUCCGAGGUGAACGAGAUCGAGACUCAAAGCCACUCCAGCCCGCACAGGGCCUACUUGGCCGAGCAGCAGAGUCAGCUGCCCCUGCCCCUCACCUGUCUGAUGGAGGAAGAGGUGUUGGACAUCCUGACCAAAGCCCUACAGAGUGAGCGUUACCGCUCGGACAUCGGCCGCGAUCACCUUCUGACACACCAAGUGGAGCAGCGCAUAGAGGAGCUGAAGAACCGCGUACUGAGGAAGAAGGAGACCAACUGAGGCAGGGGCCGACCGGGGUCUGAGGCCGACAAUUUCCCCCUCCCCGUAUCACCCGCUAGCCGGUCCUUUCCCCCCUCGCCCCCAUCCUUUGGCCCCAGAUAAAUAAAAUCCUCCC